AUGUCAACUAAAAAGGAGGAUGAGGAGGAUGAGGGGGGUGAGGAGGAUGAAGGGGGUGAGGGGGAUGAGGAGGAAGAGGAGGAUGAGGAGGAUGAGGAGGAUGAGGGGGAUGAGGGGGAUGAGGAGGAAGAGGAGGAAGAGGAGGAUGAGGGGGAUGAGGAGAAUAGGGAGGAAGAGGGGGAUGAGGGGGGUGAGGGGGAUGAGGAGGAAGAGGAGGAUGAGGGGGGUGAGGGGGUGAGGGGGAUGAGGGGGGUGAGGGGGAUGAGGAGGAAGAGGAGGAUGAGGGGGGUGAGGGGUGAGGGGGAUGAGGAGGAUGAGGGGGAUGAGGAGGAAGAGGAGGAUGAGGGGGGUGAGGGGGUGAGGGGGUGA